GGAACUCAUAUUAGUGGUCUGAAGCGCAUUGGCUUCAGAGCUCCCUUUGUGUUUAAAACUUGAAAAUUUAAAGCGACGAGAACAAGAGAGUGACCUCGAUGUAAGGGAAGAUGUCAAUAAAUACCAACUUGAUAGCUGGAGUGGAUCAGGGCACAACCAUAGUGGAUUCCUGCUCCUAGAGAAGAAGGCUUUAUACAUACGUACGUAAACCGAGAGGAUGAAUAAUCGAGCCAUGAAAGGAAAUAUUCGUCAUUGUGAGGACGCGGUGUACCGCAGCACAGUGGUGGCCCUCGAGGGGGACGCUCCCAGUCCGCCAGGGGGAGUCCUCUACUUCCUGAGGAACAAAGCAGGGCGGUGUCUGAGCCGCAAGACGCUGCACCGCCGCCUGCCGUGUCUCACGUGGCUGAGGAGCUACAACGCCGAGUGCCUGCUGGGGGACCUGGUGGCGGGCUUUACGGUGGGCCUCAUGAUCAUCCCGCAGGCCCUGGCGUAUGGCAUCGUGGCGGGCCUUAGCCCCAGCGAUGGUCUGUACUCGGCCUUCAUCCCGUGCUUCGUGUACUUCCUGUUGGGGUCCACCAUGGAGAUGAACAUCGGGCCCACGGCGAUCAUGGCCCUGAUGACCCAGCAAUACACCAGCAGCGGCGGGUCAGCAUACGCCGUGCUCCUCUGCUUCACCUCAGGCAUCAUAGAAUUUGUGGCUGGCAUCAUCAACCUUGGCUUCCUCAUCAACUUCAUCUCCCAGCCUGUCAUUAGUGGCUUCACCUCCGCCGCUGCUAUCACCAUUGCGUCCUCGCAGCUCAAGGCGCUCUUCGGCCUCUCCCUGAAGACCAAGGGCCUCGUGGACAUCUGGGUCAAGGUCUUCUCUAACAUUAAGGACUUCAGGUGGCAGGACCUCACGUUGGGCCUUGUGUGCAUCGUCCUGUUACUACUGCUCAAGGAGGUGCGGUCUAUCCGGUGGCCAUGUCUGGACCACAGUAGCCGCGGCUUGGGACAACGGGUGCUCAAGAAGGUGAUAUUCUACCUUUCAGUGGGACGCAAUGCUCUGGUGGUCAUCAUUGCUUCUGUCAUUGCUUACUCCCUGGAUGGUGAUGACCAGCCCUUCACCAUAACAGGUCAUGUGGAGCCAGGCAUCCCCAAAGCCAGUUUGCCUCCCUUCUCCACAUUCAACACCAACACCAAUGAGACAGUGCCAUUCCCGGAGAUCAUGAACGACAUCGGCAUUGGGGUGGUGAUGGUGCCCUUCAUUGCCAUCCUGGACCACAUUGCCAUCGUCAGCGCCUUCGCCAAGGGACGCACCUUCGACGCCACUCAGGAGAUCAUCACACUAGGCAUUGCUAAUCUUGUUGGCUCCUUCUUUGGUAAUCUGAUGUAUGUUCAUCAGAUGUACUAUACAACCUUGCUUUGUAAUGCAUCUAUUGCCUUAAAUGUAAACACAACUGGUCGAUGCCCCACAACUGGUUCCUUGUCUCGGUCAGCUGUCAACCUGAGCAGUGGAGUGAGGACGCCUGCUGGAGGUCUGGUAACAGGAGUGAUGGUGCUGCUGGCACUGGCCUUCCUCACCCCAGCUUUCAGAUACAUUCCCAAGUCCACAUUAGCAGCAGUGAUCAUAUGUGCAGUGAUCCACCUCAUUGACUACUCCAUUGUCAUGCCUCUGUGGCGUAGCAAGAAAAUUGACCUGGUGCCAUUACUGGUGACCUUCGUAGCCUGUCUCAUGUGGGGCCUAGAGUGGGGCAUCCUGCUGGGCAUUGGCCUCAAUCUGUCCCUGUUGCUGUUCUCUAUUGCCACGCCCUCGGUGAAGGUUGCCCUUGUCCCUCCAGGGAAGCAACACGGUGGAUACGUCCUGGUGACUCCAGCACAUGGUGUCAGCUACCCAAGCACAUCCCAUAUCAGAGCCACCAUCAGGAAGGCCGGGCUCAAACAGGCUGGUGGCUCCCUCCCAGUUGUCAUUGACUGCACCUUCAUCGACACAGCUGACUACACUUCGGCUAAGGGCAUCAAGGGCAUGGUAGAGGACUUCCAGCUGCGUGGACAGACAUUGGUGUUCCUGUGCAUGAAGCCUCGGGUGCUGCAGACAGUGGCAGCCCUACAUGACGGCAUCACAGUCUGCUCCAGCUUUGAUGCCUUGCCUGAAGCCCUGGCAGAUGGAGAGACUGAGGUGGGCAUAGAGACAGUGAAUGGGGACACUCUCCACCCAGCAGGAGACUUGGUUGUAUCCACCAUGAUCUCCACGCCUACCUCAGACACCAGUGACGCAGCCAAUCCUCUGCUCACCACCACCACCUUCCUGGACGAGAAGUAGCAGAUCUUGACGCCCAUCACAAGCACAAAUGUAUAUUCCUUGGCUCUCACAAGCUUAUCAGAUGGUUCAGGAAGCCAUCUAGCCUUUCUUUAACUGGUUGGUAAUUCAAGUUUGUAAAUUACGUAAGCUUGCUGGCUGCACCAAUAUCAUGCGUACAUGGGGUGCAUUUGUAAAGAUUUAAAAAGUCCACUUGUGCCUGAGAUAAUGACCUGAGGCUUCCAGCAGUGUGCAGUGUUAGUGGGAGAGUAGAGGUAGAUAGGUAAUGGUGGUGCAGCACUGGGUUGAGGCCCAGUGAGUGGCAAGGGACACUGGUCUGUGGAGCAGUCAUGCAGGUGGAAAUGUAAUCCUUGAUAUAUGGGCUUUCAGUCAAAAUACCUCAUGAUUAGCAUGAAUCAGAAUUAUUAAUUUCAGGAGAGAUACUAGAAUGCAGAAUGCAAAUGUUCAAAUUAGGAAAAUAUAAAAAUGGAUGUCCGUAAUAUUCAAUGCAUGUAAAUAACAAAAGCCAAUGUGAAGCAUAGCUAUUAAUACUUAUGGAGGCCUUGAAUCACUGUUAGAUUAGUGUUGAUGCUGUACGUGCAGCUUUAUAAAUUAUUAAAUAUCAUGGCACCUCAUAUUAUUGCAAAGGGACAACAUAAUGACUAAAUAACCAUCAAGGCAAGAAUCACAGUGACAGACUGCAAUAAUCUCUUCAUGGGAAGGUAAUGAACCAGAGUGGCAGUGCUGGUCUGCUCUUGACAAUACACGUAGUGGGUACAACUUAUUGGUGUUGACGGCAGCUGCUUAGGUGAAGGUGUUUUUGUGUAAAAAGAUUUUUAAAUUCACUUAGAUUAAAUUUUUCUAGAUUUUUUGUAGUAUAGUCUGAAUAUAGAGUAAUACAUUUGUUUUAUGUAGACUUCAGUGUACAGUGUAGAUGACUAGUGAAUGAAUCUGAAACAUCUCUAAAUUUAGAUAAUUUUACCUAGAUGUUGUCACUGCAUAAAUCUGCUUUGAAAUGUUUCUUCCCACACACACUCUACUUCACUCUGAAGUCACAAACUACAUCAGUUCUUCAGUCCGAAGCUAACACUUAUAAAAUUUUGCAAAUCUGCU